CAGGAGGAGAGAACUACAAGAGAUGCUUUAAACUGAACCGCCGGAUAAUGCAUACCAUGUGAUGGAUUUCAGUGAACCAUGUCUCAACAAUCAAGUAGAAGAUCAGAAAAACAAAAAAUAGAUUGGCAUUUGCCAUCUACCUCAUCUACAGCUUCAGCACAUCACAUGGGCACUGAACUCUUAAUUCUCACAUAUGGAACUCUAGUAGCACAGCUGUGUGAAGACUGCAAAAGGGAUGAGGAUAUCAAUAAAGAGCUGGAUAAAAUAGGACACAAUAUUGGCACAAGGCUGGUAGAAGAUUUUCUGGCUCGAUCAAACAUUACACAAUGUCGUAAUUUUCAUGAAACAGCAGAAGUAAUUGCUAAGGUUGCUUUCAAGAUGUACCUUGGAGUGACCCCUCGUGUGACCUUCUGGAACCAAGCUGGAGAUGACUGCUCACUAUUCCUAGAGAAGAAUCCAUUGAUGGGCUAUGUGGAAAUACCUGACAAGCACUCCUAUUUGCUGUACUCCAACAUGAUCUGUGGCAUUCUGAGAGGGGCACUAAAAAUGCUUGGAAAUUCCCCAGAGCAGUUAUAAACUCCAGAGCAAUUGCGUGACUGGACAAGCUUCAGAUGCG